UCCGAAGUUUUGAUUUAACAUUUUUUUUUUUUACAAAAAUUGUAUUCUAAAAUUUAAAAUGUACUUUAAGAUUUUAUGUAAUUUAAGUGUAACAUUAUUGAAAAUAAAACCAUAAACAAGUUUUAAUAAUAAAAAGUAAAGAAAUGAGUACAAAAAUUACUUUGGAAAUAGAAAAUUGUGUGCGUAAUAACAUUCCGUGGCCUGUAUUGCCUCAAUCAAUAAAAUCAGCUUUAAGAGGAAAUCAAAAAGAUUACGACCGAUAUGUUUUCAGUUACAGUUUAAAGAAUCAAUUACGUUAUCGAGGAAAUUUAGUGAGGAAAAUAUGUCGAAAUGAGCAACGAUACUAUGAACUUUUGGUUGAAAAAAGUAUUAGCAAUCUGAACUUGUUCCCUUAUCAUUUAGCAGAUAUUGUAACUAAAGGCCUUAGAGUGACACCAUUCAAUUAUUAUUUGGAUGUUAUUUGUAAUCUUUUAAAAAGUGAUAAAAGUUAUGAUACACUACCUAAUUUUACUGCAGCAGAUUGUUUAAGAGUUCUCGGCAUUGGUCGUAAUGAAUAUUUGGCAUUAAUUUCCGAAUUGAAAAACAACACUUCAAAAAUAUUUAGAAAACCUAAUCCAAUGCAAUUCUUGCCGAAAUUUCCUCAGAGAAUAUGUAUUGAAGAAUGGUGGAAAGUGGAAGUUGGCUAUGUACUUGAAACUGAUAUAAAGUAUGUGAAUGAUAUGGAACGAAGUUUGAUUGAUGAUUUAAUUGAUUUUGGAUCACAAACAGCUGGAAAAUGUGAUUAUAAUAUAAUUCAUAGUUUAUAUAGAAAAGGUUUAAUAUACUUAGAUGUACCAAUAAGUGGUGAAGACAAAAUAUGUAUUCCUCCAUUGAAAAAUUUUGUUAUGAAUCGCAUUAGUGGAGAUUAUUUUGAAAAUUUGCUUUAUAAAGUAUUUGUAAGUGCUGAUGAGCAUAUGACGAUGUCUGAACUUGCUAACAUGUUGUUGAUUGAUUUGGACGUUGUUAAACAAGCUGUUUCAUUAUUUUGUCGAUUAGGAUUUGCAAAGAAAAAACCAAUUCCUGAUGAAUUACCAAUGUCUUUGCAUGCUAGCUGGUUAAAUAAAGAAGUUUUAGAAAAAACAACUAAUCGGCCUCAAGUAACUCCAUUAAACUAUCAUUCUUUGGUAAAUGAGAAUGAAAAUGGAACUAGUUCAAGUGCACAAGAACCAAACAACAGUAAAAAUAAUAGUCCUAGAUCUGUGCAAAAUUCAAUACCACAACAAAGUUCUAAAACAGAAAAGGAAAACAAUUCAAUUGAGUAUAUUUCUUCUGAUGGAAAUAUUAGCGAUUUCAGCUUCACAAAUAUCCAUGCACAAUCGAUAGAAUCCUUAAAAAGUAUAACGGCUAAGAGAGAUAAUUCUGAAAAUGAUAUAAGUUCAGAAAUUGAAGAUUUAAGUGAAAGUAACACAAAUACAAAUAAAAUUAUUAAGACUUUAGAAGUUUUAACACCAAAAACUGGAAAAAGAGUGGCUUUUCUGUUUGAUUCUACAUUAACUGCUUUUUUGAUGAUGGGUAAUUUAUCGCCUGGUUUGAAAAAUCAUGCAGUGACUAUGUUUGAAGUUGGUAAACUAUGUGAUGAAAGUAUAGAUACUUUUUUAACAGAAUUAGAAAAAGUGUCUUUGUUGGAUGCUGAGGGAGAAGGUGAAGUUAGCAGAUAUUUUGCACAUGCAGUUAUUCUUAGGUCGACCAUUAUAGCACUUCGUAACAUAUUAAAUGGUGGCUUAGAUUUAUUGCGAUUGGAAUGUUUGGAAAGUUUAGAUUGCGAAACACGAAAUCGCUUGCUGGAAAAGAAGUACAAAUUUAUCAUAUCAGCAUCACCUCUCAGUGGAGCUAUAACUCAUCAAUUUAGAAUUCCAUUCUUCGGUCAAUUUUAUAAAAGCUCAAAUAAUUCGCAUAUUUGGUCUAAAUUAUUUUAUUAUCACAUAUCUGGUUAUGGCCCUCCAAGUUUGCUCUUAUUAAAAGGAACUCACUUAAAGGCUUUACCUCGUCCAUUUUUGGGCUAUGGUAAACUCUUAGUAACACUCCUUCAUACUGAACCAUAUGUUAUUUGUUCAGAAAACUUUCGGAGCCUAAAUGAACAAUUAAAAAAUGGCUGUAUUUUAGUUCAAGGCUAUGGUAUUCGUCAACCUGCUGAUAUUCGGUAUGAAGCAUUCCCCUUCGAUAAAAAUGACAUUGGAAAGAAGGAGUGGGCUAAUCAUAAAGCUGUGUUAAAAUUGAAAGAACAUCUAGACUUAGAAAACACUUGUGGUUAUAUAACAUUUGUAAAUACUGGUGUUCCUGAUAUCGGAUGUGAAAAUUAUGAAGUUGAUGUAAAACUUGAGCGCCCACAAAAAGCAAAAAAGAAAAGUGUUCCAGGUGCUGUAUUUGUUAAUAGCGAUUCAAAAGAAAAUAACGAUGGCAAAAGUAAUUGCAAUAAAGAAUAUGAAAUAUCUAAUAACCUUUUAACACCGAUUACACCGACUACUUCAGACUUAAUGUCACCUUUAGACUCUGAAGUGACUAGCUUUAAUCGAACUAUUAAAAUGAAAGCUGAUAAUUUAAAAACCCCAGACGAAGAUUAUUUCGCCGUUACACCAAAAAAUAAUUCACCUUCAAAUGUCUAUCGAAGUGAUGAUUGUAAUGAAUUGUUAGCAAAAGAAUUAGCUGAAUUAAAUGAAGUUGAAAAUAAUUGCGAGAGUAGAACAAAAGAAUUAGUAUCACAAAGUUCAGUUGAAAUUCCUUUAAAAUACGAUUUUAAUAAUUCAAUAAUUGAUAAAAAUGAUUUUGAAAAAAUAGAGGAUUUAGGCGAACCAUGGACUUUAUUAGAUGUAAAUUUUGGUGUUCCUCUAUUUGAUGUUGAUUGUAAUACAAGAAUUUGUGAAUAUCUUGUACGUAAUCUCUGUACUGAUGAGAAUUUAUCGCAGCUAUCUUCAAUAAAUUCACAAAUGAAUGAAAAAUUUCUUAGAUUUGUCAAACAAUGCUUGUAUUUUACUGAUGAAAAUAUGGAAAUUAUUAAAAUGGGAAAAUUAUUACCACCACCACGUAUCAAUUUGGUAUUUGAAAAUGGUAAAGUUUGUUACUGGAAUGGAAAAUAACAGCUUCCUUCGAAAAACCGAGAACAAAACUGUUAACUAGCAUAUUUAAAAAAACGAAUAUUAAAUUAUUUUUUAAUGAAUUCAUCAUAAUAUUACUAACAGCUAAUUCUAGAUUACAAGAAAAUUGCCAAAAAUAAAAUGUAAAAUUUAAAAAAUAAGUUUUUAAUUACAUAAAAUUAGAAUUGAUAAAGAAAAGAAAAAAACAAUAUUCAUAAAAUGAAAUUUUACAAUCAGCACGGUAAAUAUCGGUAGA